AUGGUGAACGUACCAAAGACUCGCCGCACCUACUGCAAGGGCAAGGACUGCAAGAAGCACACCCAGCACAAGGUCACCCAGUACAAGGCUGGAAAGGCCUCCCUGUUCGCUCAGGGUAAGAGACGUUACGACCGCAAGCAAUCCGGUUAUGGUGGUCAGACCAAGCCUGUGUUCCACAAGAAGGCCAAGACGACCAAGAAGGUCGUGCUCCGAUUAGAGUGUACUCAGUGCAAGACCAAGGCACAGCUCGCACUCAAGCGUUGCAAGCACUUCGAGUUGGGUGGUGACAAGAAGACCAAGGGUGCCGCUCUUGUCUUCUAG